AUGGCCUCCCCUAACAGAUCACGUGUCCCGUUCUGGCUUCGAGAUGACCAGGAGUACGACAUGGGAGAGGUAGUAGGCGAGGGAAGGUUUGCCCGAGUACUGAAGGCGAAGGAGAAGGUCACCGGAAAAGUUUUGGCCGUCAAGGUAUUCAAGAAGGGAGGGCCGAUAGAUGUGGAAGUGAGUGCCAGAUGGAUUGCAAAGCACGAAGCGAACAUGCUUGACUGCGCCCGAGGUGGACCUUACAUUCUAGCCGCGGGAAGCGCACGUAACUUGAAAAAUGGCCAAAAAAUGGUGGAGAUACCAAUGGAUUUUUAUAAAGACAGCCUUGUGGCGUUGAUGAACCGGACACGAGACACCCGUGGCCUUAACAACGAAGAUGGCUGUAUAAAGGUCCCUUCUUAUUACAAUACCGUACUAGAGCAGAUGCUUCAAGCUCUGGAAUAUCUCCACAGUAGCGAUGUCUCGAUUGUACAUCGCGAUAUUAGGCCGGAAAACAUUCUUUGUAACGACGACCGAUUUUUCGUCCUAGCCGACUUUGGUCAUGCCAGACAUGGGGAUAACAACGUUACCGAGUGCAAUGGGGCUUACGAGUACAUGCCACCGGAAAUGUACGUUUCCGAGCGGCAGACAUACGCAGCAGAUAUUUGGAGUCUAGGUGUGCUAGGCUUGGAUAUGUUGAGCAUGGUGCCUUAUGUGCAUGAUCGGGAUCGUACUUUCGAGAAGAUGAUAAACAGGAAAUGGUUGAACUCAAUUGUUGCGAUUGCGAAGCAUUCCGACAAGCCCGAAUUGGAGAAAAUGGUGCAAAUAAGACCCAGGGAGAGAUCCACCGCUAGUGGAGUGCUACGGUUCCUAAGGAACAGCCCCAGCACUCAGAUACACGACUACCCAGCCAACGUGUUUCUCCUCUAUUUAAUGUUCAGGGAACUCGACCAAUUUAAGAAUACCGACCCGAGAGUGGUUCGCACAAUUGCGUAUGGUUUCGAAGAAUCAACAGCGCAGGCUCGAAUGGUGAGGUCAAUGGGCGCGACUCUUGCAGAAGCUAGCCCAUCAUCCUCAUCGGAAGGAACAUCGUCGACAGAGCCCGCGGGGGUCUACUCAAGUUCAUCACCAUUACCAGAAGAGAUACAUCAAGUGCUGGCAGCAUCAGGCCUGGCCGCAUCGCCAGGCCUGUCAGUAAUACACAAAAUGGCACGCGAAUCAAACAUACCUUCCGAUCCGCCAGCGCUGGCGCAUAAAAUAGACUCGCUUUGGCAGGCAUCUACAGUAAAUUGGGUCAUGGACACACCAAAACAACCACGUCCACCUACUAAACUGACACCGGGAAUACUACAAGCCCUGGUAAAACGAGAUACCACCGGCCCUCGACCACCGCCAACACCUAGAUCGGCCAGACGGUCAAGGGGAGGAAGCCUGAACCCUGGCUCGCGGCCAAUCCGCUGGACCCUCAAGCUCGACCGCGAGACCUCUACCAGCAGAAUCUCAGAGAAACACGGAGGAACUGACCUCAAAAGCAACCUCCACGCUGGAGGGACCUUCAGGGCAUUCGCAAAAGGAGAUAGCCGAGGAACGCAUCAAAGGACCCACAAAACCGCCGCAGAAGAAGUCACGAAGAGCGGCGGGGCUGCGAGUAGUGUGGACGAGCGGCAGGCGCCAGUCCGGACAGGGAUGGCCGAAGCUUUAGAAGCUGUCAGGGCUUCAGAAGCUGCUCAAGAAGAACAGCGAAAGAAAACUCAGGCACGGACUCCACAAGCUACUGGUCAAGCCAGGCCUUCCAAGGCGGCUGAGAAAGAGCAGCAAAAGUCAAGUCCCAAAAAAGAGCCACCUGCACCCAAACCGAAGAAACAGGAGCAAAGUUCAAGUUCAAGUUCAAGUUCAAAGAAGGGACCCGACGCUCCACCAGUCGCUGCGGAAAAAGAGCGAGAGCGAGAGCCACACGCGAGCAAGGAGGCCAAGGCUGCACAAGCUGCCAGAUCUACCCAGUCCGCCAGCUCAGGUAAUCUUCCUCCACUCACACCUCCCAAGUCUGUCAACCGCAGCGGAGCUACUGAAAGCCGGCUCUCAUCUCCCUUCCGUCAACCAUCAACGUCCACAGCCCUACGGCCCACCUCCUCAACUUUACGGUUCGCUUCCUCAGACUCCGUGGAGAGCAAGACACCCGAAACCAACCAGUCAUCCGGCAGUAUCCAGUCAGUCUCUAGCCCAGGAUUGAACCCUAAUGCAACUUUCUGGUUCCCACAAAGUGAAACAUGGCCUCCAAAACAAGUGGACAGCGCUCUGGCUACUAAAUCCCAAGCUUCGACAAACCUUCCGCCACCCGCUGCUCGGUCCAUAGAGUCUCAGCAAAGUGGAUUGUCGGAAGUUUCAAGCCUGGCGUCCACUCCUCGCCUCCUCGAGGUAGGAGGCGAGCAUGAAGCCAAACACGAUAAUGAUGAUGGAGGAUGGCAGCAACCGCGUCGAAGAGGAAGGCGUGGCCAGAGGCGGUCUACUUCCGAUGCUCAGACUCAAGACCGAAGCCAAGGUAGACAUUCCCGAUCCCCUUCUCGGACUGUCCCUACCACUGCUACUGCCAAAGCUGACAAUCGGCAGGACGAGGCCCCAAGUAGCCGUCUCCCAGCCCGCGAAGGUUCCGAAUCAGCCGUAUUCCGACCCCGAUAG